AUUCUCAUGCCUCCACUCUCAGCUGCCUGAGGACGCUGCUUCACUGCAGACACAGGAGUUCACCUCAGACGGUAAAAGAUUGUCCUCAAAGUACUUUGACAGAGAUGGAUAUAAUGGCCUAUGUGACUGAGAUCCGGCUGAGUGGAGGCUGGAGCGGAGGGGCUCCCUCCUCCUGCCCCGAGGUGGAGCUGGAGGUCAUCGAGGAGUACCUGCAGGAGCAUUCACUGGAGGUCCAGUCUGCACACAUGCCUGCCUCACCUCAGAGUACCACGGGGCCACAACCGCACACACUCCUCCACCAGGGCGGCAGGAUCAUAGAGAACAGCUGGUCGGGUCAGCAUGCUUACGAGUGGCACUGUGGCUCAAACACUCCAUAUGAGGAGUAUGAAGAGCAAGCCCCGCCUCCAGCCUGGCCGUGUCCCCAUGACAACCAAUGGGACCACAUCACGUAUUCCUACGAGGCCCCUGCAUACAUCGACUCAGACUCGCAGUCCAGUUGCUCUCAGUACCAGGAGUACCAAGAUUCACCAUCACCGUCGUCGGACAGGGAGAGCGGGAAGGACAGAGACUCCCUGACUCUUGCACCAUUUUCAGCAGGAAAGAGGAAGGAGCGGUUGUUCCAGUUCCUGUUCGAGAUGCUCCAGACGCCGUCCAUGCGCAGCUGCAUCUGGUGGGUCCAGUCCUCCUCGGGCACCUUUCAGUUCUCUUCCCAAAACAAGGAGCGCCUGGCGCAGGUCUGGGGCCGACGCAAGGGGAACCGCAAGACCAUGACCUACCAGAAGAUGGCACGGGCGCUGAGGAACUACUCCCGCACCGGCGAGAUUCAGAAGGUGAAGAGAAAGCUCACGUAUCAGUUCCAAGAGAAGACACUGAGAGGCCUGCGAGGAGACUCUAACAGAGCGUAGGAAGCGUGGUGGCGAGCCCAUGAGAAGAAGCACAGUGGAUAUUCAUAAACAAAACCUCUGUGGAUGUCCCUUUAAUGUCCUUUCUUCUGAUUCAUGUCUAAACAAAUGAAUACUGAGUAUUUGAAAAGCCAGUCGGAGCUUUCUAUAGAUACAGAACCAUUUAGGAAUAGGUUCAUAUCAGGACUGGAAAUUAUGAUACUGGCACAAUGAUGCAAAUCUAUGUAAAUCUAAAAGGU